AUGGCUCACAUGAUUGAUAGCCAAGAGCAGGUGGAUAAGAAGACGGUACAAUUGCAGCAGAAGUAUAAUGGCAGCAAAUUUGAUUCUACCUACAGGCCUCGCGUCACAUCGCUAGUCGCUGCACUGUCAAACCAGUAUAACAUCUGGUAUCGGGGUCAAGUUGUCUCCAUAACCGGCGACAGCGUCGAAGUCCUCUACAUCGAUUACGGAAACAGUGAGAUGCUUACUCUGUCCGCCUUACAACCGUUAGACAGCGAUCUAGCGGCCUUACCUAAGCAGGUCAUUAGAGGGCGCCUCGAUGGAAUCACGUCGCAUACCGGCAGUUGGAGUCAGUAUUGUACUCAGACCCUUAAGGGAAGUUUCACUGACUCUAUUAUUGAUGUCGAAAUCAAGAAGGUUGUAGAAGGAGAGGUCAGUGUUAUGGCUAGUACAGUGGGACCGACUGGUCAGCAAGUGGACAUUGCAAAGGCACUAGUCGACGAGGGAUUAGCGGUGAAGAUCACUGAUUCGCUAUCCCAAGACCGAGCAGCAGCCACUGAGCCGAGCGUGCGCGGUCAGGCCAGUAAUUCGAAUCUCGAGGUCCGGUCGCUGCUCAGCACGCCCUCUGCUGGACAGCGAGUGCGAGUGGCAAGCUCCGAGUCGCCGUCGCUAGACCGGGCGGUGGAGGGCGGGGCCCGCGUGAUGGCAGACACGGCUGAGCCAGUGCCGAUGACCGUUGGUGUCUCGCUGCCUGUCCGCGUCGUCCACUACGAAUCAGCCGGCAGCUUCUACGCGCAUAUCACGCACGAGGGCGCCACCGCGCUGCUCGACCGGAUCGCCGAGCUCACACGUCGUCACGGCGCCGCAGCUGCGGGGGCGCCACCGUACGCAGCCGUCGUCGGCGAGCUGGUGGCGGCGCGCUUUGACGCGGACGGCGCGUGGUACCGCGCACGCGUCCUCGACGACGACGGCGGUGGCGUCCUCCGGGUGUGCUACAUCGACUACGGCAACGUGUCGUGCGUCGUCGCGGCGGACGUGGCGCGGGCGUCGCCAGAGCUCGCGAAGUUUCCGCCGCAGGCGCUGCAUCUGCGCGCGUACCUCGCACCGCCGGACAUGCCGGACGACAUCACCCGCUCAUUCGGGCAAGCGUUGAUGGGCGGCCACGGGGUGGCGACCGUGCAUGGUGGCGCCACCAACGCUGACGAGCCGACACCCGUUAUCAUCGCGGACCCGGACGGAGGGGAGGACGAUGACUUCAACACACAAUUACUCAAGACACUGAGCAAUUGCGCAGAGAGGUCGCCAAUCAGAAUCUAUGUGGAUGAACUUCCAUCUUCCAGGGUUUUGCCACAGCAUGUAGAAAUUCCAAUAAUACCCACUCACCCAUCUUCACCUCAACAUUUCUUUAUUGUCCGUGCAGAAGACACUGCCAUGGUGACAGAGCUUCAGCAAUCCCUGCAAAAGUUGUAUAAUGGUACAACAGGUGACACCAUCUUCACACCUGAAGUAGGAGAGGCAUGCAUUGCCAAAUCGGAGGAUGACUGGUACAGGGGGAUCGUCUUUGAGGCAUCACCAACCGUGUUCAAGGUAUACCUGAUUGACAUUGGGAAAAAUGUUUAUGUCAACGAAAUUCGGAGGCCAUUCAGUCAGCUAUUCGUCACUCCCGCAUUUGCCAUACGAUGUAGCCUAAUAGACAUUCCAUUGGUGGAGCAGAUGACUGAUUGGAACACGUGUUUUGAGAUGCUACUGGACAAUCACUCCGACUAUCGUCUCACCGUGGAAUCGAUCAACGAAGAGCGGACGCACUUUGUGAAGCUUGUUGUGACCGCCGCCGACGGCGACCGCAGUGCUGACAUAGCUGCAAAGUUGAUCGAGAAGAUGAGAGCCUCCACACUUGCGGAAGCCACCGCAGGGUUAGCGAUUGCAGCCGAUGUACCUGCGUUGUCGCCGUCGCUUCAGGGAUCGGAUAACGCGUCGUCUGUCACACUGGAUGCAGUGAGAGCAAACAUCAGACGGCUGCAGCAAUUAGAGGUUGAGCUAGAGAAGGCGAGUUAGAGCGGCGCUGCGAUGCAACUGUCAGGGUCGUCAGACGUGCGAAUGCAUGCAGUCAUGAACACGGGUCAGUGAUGGGGACAGCUGGGGUUAGAUUCACCACCUGCUAGCAACGUAUGAUGGGCGUAGCGUGCACAUAUAGUUAAGCAUGCCUAUAAAAUUGGUGGGCGUCAAUAGAAGGCAAUGGUCCACACUCUGAGCUCCUAAAGCGAUAUUG